CCGCGUUUUUCCUUCCGGCUCGAUCCCGGAAGUGGUUCCGUUUGCCUUUUCCGAUCGCGCUGCUUGCCUCUCCUCUUCCCGGCCUUUCAUCGCUGCCGCCGCAAUGAAACCCAUCCUGCUGCAAGGCCACGAGAGAUCGAUUACUCAGAUCAAAUAUAACAGGGAAGGAGACUUGCUAUUCACAGUAGCUAAAGAUCCGAUCGUUAACGUUUGGUACUCUGUCAACGGGGAGAGACUUGGCACUUACAAUGGACAUACUGGGGCUGUCUGGUGUGUGGAUGCUGACUGGGACACGAAGCAUGUUCUUACAGGCUCUGCAGACAACAGCUGCCGGCUCUGGGACUGUGAGACAGGGAAGCAGCUUGCUCUGGUCAAGACCAGCUCAGCCGUCCGAACCUGUGGCUUUGACUUUGGAGGCAACAUCAUCAUGUUUUCCACGGACAAGCAAAUGGGCUACCAAUGUUUUGUGAGCUUCUUUGACCUCCGCGACUCCAGCCAGAUUGAGGACAAUGAGCCAUACAUGAAGAUACCCUGUAGCGAGUCUAAAAUCACUAGCGCCGUUUGGGGUCCUCUUGGGGAAUUCAUCAUUGCAGGGCACGAGAAUGGGGAGCUGAACCAGUUCAGCGCGAAGUCAGGGGAGGUCCUCGUGAACGUCAAGGAGCACACCAAACAGAUCAACGACAUCCAGACCUCUCGAGACAUGACCAUGUUCAUCACUGCCUCCAAGGACAACACUGCCAAGCUGUUUGACUGCACGACGCUUGAUCACCUGAAGACAUUCCGGACAGAGAGGCCGGUGAACUCUGCAGCCCUCUCACCCAUCUUUGAUCAUGUGGUAUUGGGUGGUGGACAGGAAGCCAUGGAUGUGACGACCACUUCCACCAGGAUUGGCAAGUUUGAGGCCAGGUACUUCCACUUGGGCGUUGAGGAAGAAUUUGGGAGAGUCAAGGGCCACUUUGGGCCCAUUAACAGUGUUGCUUUUCACCCUGAUGGAAAGAGUUACAGCAGCGGUGGUGAGGACGGCUAUGUCCGCAUCCAUUAUUUUGACCCCCAGUACUUUGAAUUUGAGUUUGAAGUUUGAGUCACCCCUUCCUCUUCCACGUCUUCACUUUUCUACAGUUGCCUUUUGCAAUUCCAGCAUGGCAUGAAGUCCUGCUCGUUCCUGGGUGCGGUUUAAUGGAGACACCCAAAGAGAAGCAGAGCAUGGUGUGCUGUGGCUGUUCCCUUCUGGGGGCAACCCUGGGGUGUCCACCUUCUUGUCCACUUUUGAGAACAGCUGCUUCCACUGUAUUUGGCAUAUUUAUAAAAGUUAUACCGAAGAAAAUAAUAAACUCUCAUUUUGUUUCCA